AUGACGCCCACGAAGACUACAAAAACUGAAGUAGAAAUGGUGAUACGAAAUAGAAAAACUGUUAUGAAAGACGGGAUCAUGACAAUGUCGGGCAUCGGCGAACCUUCGGUCUUCCACGCUUUGGUUGUCAUCUUUUUGGAGUUCUUCGCGUGGGGUUUAUUGACAAUGCCGAUUAUAUCAGUGUUAAACGCAACAUUCCCGGACCAUACGUUCCUGAUGAAUGGCCUUAUAAUGGGAAUCAAGGGAAUAUUAUCCUUCCUGUCGGCGCCGCUUAUUGGUGCGCUUUCCGACGUGUGGGGCCGCAAGUUCUUCCUGCUGGUUACGGUGUUCUUCACGUGCGCUCCGAUUCCGCUAAUGACAAUAAACACAUGGUGGUUCUUUGCAAUGAUUAGCAUCAGUGGAGUGUUUGCUGUGACAUUCUCGAUUGUGUUUGCGUACGUGGCUGAUGUCACUACCGAGGCUGAACGAUCCCGAGCUUAUGGUCUUGUCUCCGCGACGUUCGCCGCAAGUAUGGUUAUAUCCCCUGCUCUUGGAGCCUAUUUAAUGGACUUAUAUGGAGAGGCAUUAGUCGUCGCUGCUGCUACAGCUGUCGCUGUGUUAGAUGUAUUCUUUAUAAUGGUUGCCGUUCCCGAGAGUCUUCCAGAAAAGGUUAGACCUAGUGGCUGGGGGCCUGCUAUAAGCUGGGAGCAGGCUGACCCAUUUGCCGCACUAAGAAAAGUUGGUGCAGAACGUACAGUACUUAUGUUGUGUGUUGCCGUAUUUCUAUCAUACCUACCAGAAGCUGGACAGUAUUCAUGCAUAUUUGUGUAUUUAAAACUUGUGAUGGGUUUUGGGGUAGUUCAAGUGGCAAUAUUUAUAGCGAUAGUGGGAGUGCUCAGUAUUGCAGUGCAAGUUGUGCUCGGUUUUCUAAUGCGAUCGCUUGGAGCAAAACAUACAAUCAUGUUGGGCUUGUUGUUCGAAAUGCUGCAACUUAUGUGGUAUGGCUUCGGAAGCCGCACUUGGAUGAUGUGGGCAGCUGGAGUGUUAGCAGCCCUUGGUUCAUUGACUUACCCUGCCAUCAGUGCAUAUGUAUCUGUAAACAGCCGUGCCGAUCGACAAGGCGUAGUGCAAGGUAUGGUCACCGGUGUCAGAGGUCUCUGUAAUGGUCUCGGCCCAGCCAUGUUUGGUGUAAUUUUCUACCUAUUUCAUGUAGAUCUCAAUGAAGAACAUGCAGUGCUUGGCUUAGAUGGAAGACCAGAUGAAAAAUAUGUGAGGAUGGUGCCAGGUCCACCAUUCGUUUUGGGAGCACUGCUUGUAAUAUGUGCACUACUUGUAGCUGCAUUUUUGCCUGAGGAUGGCACAGUUGGUGGUGGAAGACGAGUUCCUGCCGAUUUACGGUUUGAAUUGGAGCGAGGACGGCGUGUGGCGGGACCCCUGUCGCCCUUAAUGGCGCCUGAGUCCGCCGCCCUCUAG